AAAGAGGAGGGGCUACGAACGAAAGGGGCGGAAAUGUCCAACUUGCGACUAAAGUUAGCUUGUUUUAGCAUUUCUUUCUAAUCUGUGUAGCUCUGAUUAACCGACCACAUGAGGACAAUAGAUUUAUUUAUUAUCUGUGUUAUUUUAUGUUAAACCACACGGGGAUACGGUGUCAUUCCAGCCGCUAUUUCCAGCUGUAAACGCUGCGCUUCAGCUGCUAGCGGGUUAGCCUGCCAUGCUAGCUGGCUGUGAGAAUCCUCAACAACAACAUUCCUGCUCGGAGAGCUUUCUGAGAGCUUAAAACGGCCAGGAGAGGAAACAAGGAGAAGCAGAGCGGGUAGGGAAGCACAGGAUGGAUAUUCAGUACGUGGACCCCACGUUAUCGGGGAGCUACAGCGGCGUGGAAUCGUUUCCCAAAAGUUUUGUGUACGGAGUGGAGGAGAUGGAGGGGAGCUCCUCAUCAGCUGACAGACCCAGGAUCCUGCUGAUGGGGCUGAGACGGAGCGGAAAGUCCUCCAUCCAGAAGGUUGUUUUCCACAAGAUGUCCCCCAAUGAGACUUUAUUCCUCGAGAGCACCAACAAAAUCUACAAGGACGACAUCUCCGCCAGCUCCUUUGUCAACUUCCAGAUCUGGGACUUCCCCGGCCAGGUGGACUUCUUCGACCCCACGUUCGACAGCGAGAUGAUCUUCAAGGGAACCGGAGCUUUGAUCUUCGUCAUCGACGCUCAGGACGACUACAUGGAGGCUCUGGGUCGGCUGCACCUGACGGUCAGCAGAGCCUACAAGGUGAACCCAGACAUCAACUUCGAGGUGUUCAUCCAUAAAGUGGACGGUCUGUCGGACGACCACAAGAUAGAAACCCAGAGAGACGUCCACCAGAGGGCCAACGACGACCUGGCUGAUGCCAGUCUGGAGAAGGUUCAUCUCAGCUUCUACCUGACCAGUAUCUACGAUCACUCCAUAUUCGAGGCCUUCAGUAAAGUCGUCCAGAAGCUCAUCCCUCAGCUGCCGACUCUGGAGAACCUUCUGAACAUCUUCAUAUCUCACUCUGGCAUAGAGAAGGCCUUCCUGUUCGACGUGGUCAGUAAGAUCUACAUCGCCACCGACAGCUCCCCCGUGGACAUGCAGUCCUACGAGCUCUGCUGCGACAUGAUCGACGUGGUCAUCGACGUGUCCUGCAUCUACGGGCUGAUGGACGACGGCGGCGGCUGCGCCUACGAUAGAGAGUCUUUAGCCAUCAUCAAACUGAACAACACCACGGUGCUUUAUCUGAAGGAGGUCACCAAGUUCCUCGCUCUGGUCUGCAUCCUCAGAGAGGAGAGCUUCGAGAGGAAAGGUCUGAUAGAGUACAACUUCCACUGCUUCCGGAAAGCCAUCCACGAGGUGUUUGAAGUGGGCGGCUCGCCCGACGGCGCCGCCUGGAGGCCGGAGAGCUCAUCGGGAAGGAAGUACGGCGCUGUGAACGGCAGCGCUGUCUGAAGGUGAACUCUGGUUUACCUGCAGCGACGUCAGCAGAUCAACGAGCCUCAUCCAAACGGACCGAAGCGUUCGUAUCGUGGAGGGACGUCUUUCUCUCUGUACCUUUAUCGACUUAAACAGAAACUGUGUCCUCCUGGAACGUCCAGGUGUUGUUGAAGCGAGAACCUCCAACAGCUGAAGUGUUUCUGCUCAUCUUAUGGUCAAAUACGAGGUUUGAUCAGCAACACGAGGCAGGCUGCAGAUGAUGCUGGUUUCGGGGGUUUUCUCCUUUUCUUUCUCUUUCUGCCUGCUGAGAAUCUCUUUGCUUCAGGAAACGACAGCAGCAGCCGUUUUCCAGAGGGCUUAGAUCCUGCAGUUCUUUCCAUUAAAGCCUUCAAACCGUCAUGGUUCAGAGGAAACAGUGGAGCUGUGCGCUUCGCUUAGCUCCGCCCACAACGGCUGUGAUUGGUUAAAAGAAUCAUGAGCGAUGAUAAAGUGCAGCCACAUCAUGAUCUUCUACAGAAUGUUAUUCAGUCAUGCUGAACGUGGUAUCUUUAGAAAUAAUACGUGAAGGUUGGGUUGAUGGAAGCGGCCAAAAAACCUAUCAGGACGUUCCAGCUAAAUUCUGCUCUGAACGUCUGAUUCUGGGGGAUUCAUUCUUGCUGCUCAACUACAUGAUUGUUGUUUGGCCAAAAAAGACUUGUGAGAAAUGGUGUUCUGCUGAGACAUCGCAGUAAAAAUCUGGGGAUUAAUUCAGAAAGACGUCACAGGGAGUCUGAUCUGGAGAGUUAAGGGGUGGAAGCGACUAUUUUCUGUCGUCGUUUCCAAAAACUCGUGGCUAAUCGUGUUUUGUGGAGACGUUCCAGUAACACUCCUCCUCCAGCUGCUGACUGAUGUUUAACUUCCAUGCAGAAAGCUCACAUGUGGACCAUCAGAAGUCACCAGAAGCUCCAGAUCUGAGCUUCGUCUAACGGUUGUGCUCCUCAUGCUGGGUUUGGUCCCCUCUGGGUUCUGUUCAGGAUCUUCUGGGACCAGAUCACUGCCAGUUCCACCAUUACAGAGAUGAAUAAGGAGCCUUUAGCUGCAGCCACGACCACAUUUCCUCCAGAUUGUUUCUGCAGCCCAGAGUCGAGUGGAUAAUCCUCCAGAAGCGGGAGGAUAUGUUUUUCUUAUCGUAAAUCUUUAAUAAAAAUGUGUUUGGUA